GCGUCUGGGCGGAUAGAGGCUAUGCGGAGGUCGCGGCUGAGUCUGAGCCGCCGGAGGCCGCCUUCUGGGGCCCGGCCUCCGAGCAAUACCUCCGGGUCCCUGCCGGAUGGCGGCGAGUGCGCGAAGCUGUGGACUGAGUUGCUGCGCACCGCGAGCGCAGACCUGAACGAGGACGGCGAGCUGCCGCCGCUGCCCGCGUUCCCCGGCCAGGAGCCCAAGCGCAGUCCUGAGCGCCCGCCCCUGGAAAGAUUCACCGUGGGAACCGAGACCUUUUUCUGGACGCCCUUCCCGCCGCCCCCGCCGGGCCAAGGCGGGGACUCGGGCGGCUCCGACCUUGUACUCAGCGCGGUCCGGGGGCACAUGGGGUCCCCCCAACAAUAUGCAGCGCCCGAGCUCCGCGGAACCCCCAGCGCCGAGGAGCAGCUGUCGGAGGAGCAGCCCUCCCAGCGACAGCCGUCAGUGGACGGUGCGACGACCCUGCAGAGCUGUCCCAUGUGCCAAGUCGACUUCGUCCCCGGGCUGGCGCAGCUGGACAUCGACAGCCACCUGGCCCAGUGCCUGGCAGACAGUACGGAUGACAUAGAGUGCGGUGUGAUGACUGAGGUGGACAGGGGCACCCAGCAGAUGGACCAACCCCAGGUGAACCUGUUCCUGCAGCUGCAGGGAGGCAGAGCAGCCCCUGGAAUUUGCGGAGAGGGAUCAGGUCCGCCUGCUGACGUCCUGUGUGAGCUUUGUCUUGGAGGCCCUGUGCAGGGGGGCUUCUCUCUUGUGCCGUCAGUCCAUAGGUUCUGAAGAGCCUCAUCUUCAGCGCAGCCAUGGCUGCAAAAGUCUAAGGUUACCGUCCAGAAGUCAGUAUUUUCAAGAAAGGCUUCAGGCAAGCCAUGAAAAGACACGGGGGAAAACUCCGUGCACACGGUACAGUGAAAGGCUACAAGCUGAGCAACUCCAACUCUAGGCUGUUCUGGAAAAGGCAGAACGCAUGGAGACAGCGAAACGAUCAGCAGUUAUCAGGGAUUAGUGGGGAGAGCGUAUAAACAGGCAAGAGCACAGAGGAUAUUUAGGGCAGGGAAACACGUUAUGACUGACGUGUCAGUGCAGCCUCUCAUUUGCAACAAGUGCAUUCCCUGGGGAUGUGAAGGCGGGGGCGGGGGAGAAGGAGUCUCUGUCUUCC